UCACUGUUAAAGCUAAUUCGAUUGGUUAAAAUUUCUUCUUCUUAACAUCGUGCAUGCGUCUUUCUUAUCAUGUGCGCAUCGAAUACAUGACAGAGCGACUUAUUCGCGAGUAAAUUCGUUCAACGCAGUUCAUCAGCAGAGUGUUGUCAACAGGUGGUGAUAAUUGAUCGGAUCAUUGACGUAACAAUCAAGAAACAAGUUAUUCUAAAUUUUUCUAAUUUUCUGGUCCUAAACUUGAUAGACGAAUAUGUCGCUUUUACGUUCUGUAAGUCAAUUAACCCGAUUUAUCGCAAGAAAGAAUUUGGCCACGCGAUGCUUGACAACCAGUAUAAAGCCUGAAUCUUCGAAUACUUCCGGUGGUGACUUUGCCAAAUUCCCGGGCGCACGAGCUGCGUUUGUAUCUAAACCGUCGCUUUCAUUGCCAGAACAUGUAGAAUCGAUCCCCAUCUACAGGGCCAUGAAUGCCGAAGGGAUCGUGGAAGAUUCCAGCCAAGAUCCCAAUCUUAGUCGGGAAACCGUGCAGAAGAUGUUCCGGGAUAUGGUUCUGCUGAACACAAUGGACAAGAUUUUGUAUGAAUCCCAACGGCAGGGUCGUAUCUCAUUCUAUAUGACCAACUUCGGUGAGGAAGCCAGCCACAUUGGGUCGGCUGCUGCCUUGAGUCCCGAAGACUGGGUAUACGGUCAAUACCGGGAGGCUGGAGUCCUUGUCUGGCGUGGAUUCACCAUAUCGGACUUCAUCAACCAGUGCUACGGCAAUCAAGAGGACCUCGGCAAAGGUCGUCAGAUGCCGGUGCACUAUGGGUCUAGGAAAUUGAAUUUCGUAACAAUUUCUUCGCCCUUGGCCACACAAAUCCCGCAGGCCGUCGGUGCAGCGUAUGCCUUUAAGAGAGAGCCGAAAAACGACCGUUGUGUGGUAACAUACUUCGGGGAAGGUGCGGCAUCCGAAGGCGAUGCCCAUGCAGCUUUUAAUUUUGCCGCCACUCUGGAUUGCCCGGUGAUCUUGUUCUGUCGUAACAAUGGUUUCGCAAUUUCGACGCCCUCCAAAGAACAAUAUCGAGGUGACGGAAUUGCGGGUCGAGCAGCUGGCUAUGGAAUUGCAGCAAUUCGUUUCGACGGAACGGAUGUGUUUGCCGUUUACAAUGCCACAAAACUGGCGCGUGAAUACGUACUCAAGAAUAACAAACCAAUCGUUAUGGAAGCGAUGGCUUAUCGCAUUGGCCAUCAUUCGACCUCCGAUGAUAGUACCGCAUACAGACCGGCCGAAGAGCUUGAAAUCUGGAACACGGUUGAGCAUCCGCUGAACAAAUUGAAGAACUACAUGAAGAACCGUGAAUGGUUCAACGAGGAAGAGGAGGAGAAGUACGUGAAAGCCGUGCGGAAACAGGUGCUGGCCCAGAUUAACCAAUCGGAAAAGAUUCCGAAGCCGGAUUGGCGCGAGUGCUUCCAGGAUGUGUACCAUGAAAUGCCGCAACAUCUGAAGGAACAGCUGAAGCAGAUGGAGGACCAUGUCGAAAAACACAAGGAACACUACCCCUUGAAGGAUUUUAAAAACUAAUUUUACCGAACUUUAAACACUUGUUAUUUGGAAGGAUCGUGUACGGGUCACGUGCGAAACUUGUGUUUUUUUUUUCAAACAAUUUUAGAACUCAGACUGUGUUUUUUCAAGAGUUAAAUGUAACUAAAUAUUUUAAAUUUGUGAUACAUUCUACAUACAAUGCAUUCUACUUCAUAAUUCGAUACGAUUUGAAAUGAAUUUUGCUUUUUUGUAUUUCUAAAGGAAGUUGCCAUAACGCCAAAGUAAGCACGUUAUCCGUACACUCUUCUGGUACAAAACAAAAUGCAUUUAUUAUCUUUUAGCACAUAACAGAGAACAGUUCUCGAUUCAUGAUGUCUUCCGAAAAGAGAUAAAUAAAACAAUAAUGUUGUAAAACAGCAUUAAGUUUUCUCAAACGAACAAAAAUUAUACUAUACACAUACAGUAAAAAAGUUGUAUUUAU